GGAUCUUCACAUGGGCUUUGAUUUCGACCCGCCCGCAUCACACGCACUGCCCCAUUGCCAUCCAAAUACCUUCGCUGCCUCAAUGCAUUUUGAAGUUUUUGUGAUUUGUCAACCCAAAUUUGACAAUUUUGUGAUUUGUCAACCAAAAUUUGACUGUCAUUUUUGUUGAGCGUAGAACUUCUGUGAGUACAAGGAACUGUAAUGGAUGCUUACAUGACUGGGAUUCCUCUUCAUCAUUUGCCGAGGGAGGAAGCUAAAGAGUGUACGCUGUUGAUUCGGCAUCUUCCAGAAGCAGUUCCUCAUGAAACCCUUUCAAGAUUGCUCUCCAAUUACGGCGCAUCUUCUAUUCGUCCUUGUACUAGUGGCAGAGUGAGGAAUUGCGUGUUUGUGGAUUUCAAGGAUGAAAGUCUGGCACAUCAAGCGCAACAGCAUUUGAAUGGAGUACGGUUUAUUGGUAAAACAUUAGCAGUUGAACGAGCUAAUAAAAGCAUAGAGAGAGAUAAAUAUCGACAAAGUGAACCUCGGAUUGUAGAAGACUCUGUCUCUUUGAUCAACGAUGCUACUGCUAAAGAAUUUGGUGGAGGAUCUAGAAGAGGUCCUUAUCCUGGCAGCGAACCCAUUGCUGAAAGACUUGGGGUGGAUUAUCCAUUUCCUCCUCACCUCGAAUAUGUUUACCCCCCACCCGAUGGGCAUAUACUUACAAAUAUUGUAAAUGCUCUCAUUGCUGUUCCUCGGUUCUACACACAGGUCUUACACUUGAUGAACAAGAUGAAUAUUCCAGCUCCAUUUCGGAUGGCUCUGCCGACUCCACCUCUACCAACAUCCCUAUCUGUUCCACCUCCACCCCCUCCUCCACCUCCUCCAACAGUUUCUGAGAGUAGAAUGGAAAAUUUAUCAAGUAGUGAAUCAGAAAUGGAGUCUUCAGAUGAGAGUAAUGUUGGCGGGCCUAAACAAAAGCGUGCCAGGCGUGAAGCUAUCUUAGGCCCUGCACUUGACAAGGAUGUUGCUCAUGAAGCUGUUGGAUUGAGAGCUGCUGCCUUGGUUCCUAAAGAGAUGCCAGUAGUUAAGAAAAAGAACCCAAUAAUUCAGAUUAAAGUAGCACCUAAGCAGGUACAGAAUGAAGAGAAGGGUGACAUGAGGGAAAUAUCAUUGCCAGUGGAAGAUAAAGAGAAUGAUAAUAAACCUUUUGCGACCCUUGAAGAAUUAAAAAGUGGAAGAUUGCCCCCAGAAGAGAUUCUGUCGCUUCCUAUGUUUAAGAAUUAUUGUGCUGGUAAUCCUUCUCCUAUCUUGUACUUGAAGAACAUAGCAAAAGAAGUGAUUGUUGAUGAUUUUUACUUCAUAUUUGCUAUAAUGUUUGCAGGAUCUUUAUUUGGAAGCAUCGAUGAAGCUAAAUCCAGACUGGCAGUGAAGUUAAUGCAGGAAGGGAGAAUGCGUGGACAAGCUUUUGUUACAUUUCCCUCUGUUGAACUUGCUCAAGAUGCUUUAGUUAUCCUUCCACUGGAAGAAAAAUAUAUGUUCAUGAAAUUUGAAAGAACCUGAUAAAGUUGGAGCUAUUUAUCUACAAUGGUACAAUAGUAAUUCCCAAUCUAAUCUUCUUAAUAAUAAAAUAAAGAAGAAUCAUGCUUCCAUUAUUAAAAUACUACUCCGAAUCAAAGCUAUUUCUUCCUCUCUAUGAUGCUGCAGGCCAGUCAUUUCCUUUUCAUUGGGGAAAGAAGGGGGGAGGCCAGAAGGAGGUAAAAGGAUGGUUUAGAAGAUUGAAAAACGAAGAAAUUAAUAUCAAACAUUAAAAUUUAUGAUAUCCACAUUCCUCUUUUAAAGUGGCGUUGGAUUUAUUUUUUGAACUGCUGGAUCGUGGAAUCAUAUAUCAAAACAUAGCAGAAUCUGGGGGAAACAAGAGGAAAAGCAGGUAAUUUGGUAUUUAGUUUUCAUCCUGGGCAGCAUGAUUGUGAAGUAAACACCGCAAAAGCACUUACAGGCUUUUAUGAACCUCUUUCAAAAAUAAAUCUCUUAAUCCGAAAGCACCACAUACGAGACAAUCUUUUGUCUUUCACUGUUAGCAUUUUGCAAGUCUCAUUAGAUGUAUUUUAAUAAUAUGACUUAUGCUGACAUUUUCAAAUUGUUGGCGUCUCUGUUAGCCUAUUCAAAUUUCACUAAGCUGAUAAAAUUUGCUGCUCAACUCCAGCAGUUGGUAUUAAGGUUUUGUUCUUGGUGUACCUUAAUGGUGCAAGUGCCUACCUCAACAGUUCUCAACCUAAUUCUAGCAAAAUCUUACAUUUAUUCAGAAGAAUCUGGUGAAUGGGUAUGUCUUUAAAGGCAAACCUAUCGUCAUUCAGUUCGGUCGUGAUCCUGCUAAAGCAAAAACAAGCUAGAGAGAAU